AACAAGCUGUGGCAAAUGCAAAUCAUGUACGGUAUGUACAUGGGGAGCAUGUAUAUUGCCUUGCCUAAACAUAGCUCAGACAAAGGCAAGGAGGGGCGACCAAGUCAAACGCUGCCGGCCCCGCAAGACGUGGCGCCAAGGAAGUGCCUCCUCUUGCUGCCAUCUCUCUCCCGCGUUUCCCUCCCGUCCUCUCCUCCCCCGUAACAAACACCCUGGUCGUCUCGAUCUCCCUCCUCCGCCAUCUCUCUCUGUCACUGUCUCCUUUCGCAGGGCCGGGAAGAGAGCUCGAUCGGAAGCACGAAGCAGCCAUGGCGAACUCGGCGUCCGGGCUGGCGGUGAACGACGAGUGCAAGGUGAAGUUCAGGGAGCUGAAGGCGCGGCGGAGCUUCCGGUUCAUCGUGUUCAGGAUCGACGACAAGGACAUGGAGAUCAAGGUGGACCGCCUCGGCGACCCCACCCAGGGCUACGGCGACUUCACCGACAGCCUCCCCGCCGACGAGUGCCGCUACGCCAUCUACGACCUCGACUUCACCACCGUCGAGAACUGCCAGAAGAGCAAGAUCUUCUUCUUCUCCUGGUCUCCUGACACUGCACGGACCCGGAGCAAGAUGCUGUACGCCAGCUCCAAGGACAGGUUCAGGAGGGAGCUGGACGGCAUCCAGUGCGAGAUCCAGGCCACCGACCCCAGCGAGAUGAGCCUCGACAUCGUCAGGAGCCGGACCAACUAACUGAUCCUCCAUCACAAGCCAACAAGACCAUGAACAACAGUGCUUCGCGUGCACUAUCAUUUCAUUAUUUGAGACCCACCCACUACUAAUUGUCCAUGAUGAGCGAUUGAUCUUGGACUAUAUAUCUCUCUUCCCAUACCAUGAAUUUUGAAAUGUUUUCAUUCUUCGUCCUAAUCAUUCCAUGUCCAUUUUCCUUGUACUCGUUCAUUUCUUCUUGUAAGGAGCAUAUAUAUAUGGCCAUGCCAUUUGUUGGGCAUAAGAAUGCAUUUGUUCCCGUAAUAUAGAAAAAAAAAAGGGCAUUUUAAGCAAUGGUAUUGCCAAGUUACUUCGCUUGUCAACAAUUUUGU